GAAAAAAAAAAACCCACCUUUUUCUUUAAUUCCCCGCUGUAUAUCUUUUUCUUAUGACGGCUUUCUGAUUCCAAUCGGAGGAAGACUUCUUGGAGCAGCGAGCUUAGGGUUUCGGCGGAGUGCGAAGGGUUUUGGAAGGAACCCACCCGACCAUGGCGCUCUCGUGAGAAGGACAGAAGACAAACAACCAAAACAUCGUUUUUUAUGUAAUAAAGAAAUGGGUAGAAUACACCAUGUCAUCCAUUGUUUAACGCAGCCUCUGCGGUUAUUCCGAACCUCCUGCCGGGAGUCUUUGUAUGGUCUGGCUCAGAAGGCAGACAUCGCUACCUUUCUCGUUAUCCAACGGCCUCCCGGUGCCUGCCAUCCACGUCGCCUGCUGGAAAAUCCGGCCCGAUCUGCGUGAUUUGGCCUUCUUGCAAUGAAAUCAGAGUGCCCACUUCCCGUUGAUAGCUGCAUUGCCCAAUUCCCCCCUAUUCAGAUCUCCCUCUCAUCAUCUUUUAUGGAUCUGAGGAUCUGGUGCCAUCGCUGCAGACAGUUUGGUUUAUGAAGUGUCCAUCAAUGUGGUUUGAUUUGGAGGGGAUUGUCGAUGGAUGUUUGUAAAACCGAGCAUCCAGGGGCUGUGAUGCAGCAGAAGACAGCCCAGACGGAAGAUAACCGAAGGCUGCCGUUGGUCCCUUCUGAGAAGAACAAUGCCGCCCCAGCCACCCGCAAGCUGCGGUCAAGGGAAAUUGCUUCAAGGUACAAGUCUGGGAUCUCCUCAACUCCUCUUUCAACUCCUACCACUCCGAGGCGAGGCCCAUCGACGUCCCCCAUGCCAGGAACUUCACUGCCGAAGAGAUCCCAAUCAGCAGACAGGAGACGACCCUCUACACCGUCAACAAGGUCCUCUGUGCCUUCUUCCCCAUCAUCUAGGCCUUCCACACCCUCUUCCCCAUCUUCAAGGUCUACCACACCAGUGCGUGAUGUGGUGACUGAGAUGCAUAACACUUCACGGCGGUUGCUCAGCAGCCGGGCUCCCGAUGGCUUGUGGCCUUCAAUGCGGAGUCUGUCUUCUUCUUUUCAGUCAGAAUCUGUUUCAGUUCCUUUCAGUAAAAGAGACAAGGCGGUUACAAGUGUCUCUUCAGAUCGCACAUUGAAGUCCUCCGCCAAUGUGGCGGCAGAGAGGAAGAGGACUCCUUUGAGAGGGAGGAAUACCUCUGAGCAAUCGGAGAAUUCUAAGCCUUUGGAGAACUCACGGGCAAGGGUCAUGGAUCAACACCGUUGGCCUGCUAUGAUUAGUGGGAAGGUGUCUGCAAAUGCCUUGUCAAGAAGUGUGGAUUUCACUGAUGGAGUCAAAAAAUCUCAAUCUUCAUCAAUUUCGUCUCGAGGAAUUUCACCAAGGAGAACACCUGCAUCUGAUAGUGCUGGUAGUGGCCUCCAACACUCAUUAAGUGAGGUGGCAAGGCGGCCGGCUGUUGAUGGAAGUGGAAGAGUACAGCGCGAUAUGAGUUUAAGUGUAAAUAACCCUUCACAUCUUUCAGGGAGAUCUUCGUCAGCAACACACCCUAGUAGGACUCAGUCAUUACCAAUUCAAGCUUUAUGUCGCCCUUCAUCACCGAAUAAGGCUUUAUCAGCAACAUCCUUAGCUAGGGGAAUGCUGAGUCCAUCCCGAUCAAGACCAUCAACGCCAAGACCAUCGAGUCUACCCCGGUCAAGACCAUCAUCCCCUGUGUCCUCAUCUAGCAGCACAACUAGUCGAGCAGGUGUGACAUCCUCCACAUUCAACUAUAUUGUUGAUAUGCGGAAAGGAAAGAAGAAUGCAAGCCACAUAGAAGAUGCCUAUCAGCUGCGGUUGCUGUGCAAUAGGGUCCUGCAGUGGCGCUUUGUCAAUGCCCGAGCAGAUGAGACUCUAUCCAUUCAGAAAAUGAGGGCAGAGAAUAUCCUAUACAAUGUGUGGAAUACAACUUCAAAAUUGUGUGAUUUUGUUACCAUGAAGAGGAUUGAUGUGCAGCACUGGAGGCAAGAAAUGAAGUUGGCCAUGAUUUUGAACGAACAAAUGGCAUACCUUGAAAACUGGGCAGCAUUGGAAAGAGAACAUUGUAAUACUUUAUCAGGUGCAACUGAAGCUCUAAAGGCAAGCACGCUGUGCCUUCCGGUUACAGGAGGCACAAGGGCAGACAUGCUUUCUAUGAAGAAUGCUGUUAGUUCAGCAGUUGAUGUCAUGCAAACCAUGGGAUCAUCUAUCUGUUAUGUGCUAUCAAAGGUAGAGGGCACAAAAGCUCUGGUUUCUGAAUUAUCAGGUGUUGCAGCCAAAGAAAGAGCGAUGCUUGAUGAAUGUAGAGAAUUAUUAGCUUCAGCUGCAGCUAUGCAGGUGCAGGAGGCUAGCCUUAGAACACAUCUCAUACAGUUGAGACACGACGCAUGUAAGCUGGAGUAGCCCCACAGGUCAGUUAAGCAACCUCCAGUGAUGAUCAGAGCCCAGUGCUCUCUGUGGCUAACAUCUUACUAUCGGUACAGAUAACAACAUCUGUUAGGCUUAGUGACUGUAAAUUUGUUUACUGUGGGUGGUCACAUUCGUGUUGUUUCUUUCCUUUUUUUUCUUUUCGUUUUUCCUAUCUUUUUUCUCUUUAUUCUCUUCUUCUUGCAACAGGCUGAGCUAUAUUCUUUCCCCAUGUAAUUUUUUAAUCACACAAAUGGAAAGAAAAAGAAUGCAGUGAAAUGAAAGCUAAAGGGUAAAGGAGUCAUGCACAACGUGCUUGUUUUUUUUCCC